ACGCCGCCUCGUUGGGUUGCGAGGAAAUGAUAGCGCGAGCCAUUUGCGCAUGCGUGGUUAGCCAUCCAUCCUACGAGGCUGUCCCUGAAAAAGCAGCAGGUGGGGAUCGUAGCUGCGAAUGACUAUGUCCACGAUGGUGUAUCCCAGAGAGGAGAAGAUGGACAAGCUGAGCCAAGAGGAGAUCAUCUCCAACACCAAACUAGUGAUGCAGGGGCUGGAAGCCCUGAAGAAUGAGCACAACUCGAUCUUGCACAGCCUGCUAGAGACCAUCAAGUGUCUGAAGAAGGACGAGGAAGCCAACCUAGUGCAUGAGAAGGCCAACCUGUUGCGCAAGUCAGUGGAGAUGAUUGAGCUGGGACUUGGAGAGGCUCAGGUGAUGAUGGCUUUGUCAAACCACCUGAACGCAGUGGAAUCUGAGAAGCAGAAGCUGCGGGCCCAGGUGCGCCGUCUGUGCCAGGAGAACCAGUGGCUGCGGGACGAGUUGGCAAACACCCAGCAGAAGCUGCAGCGCAGCGAGCAAACGGUGGCGCAGCUCGAGGAGGAAAAGAAGCACCUGGAGUUCAUGAACCAGCUGAAGAAAUACGAUGAGGAUGUGUCCCCGUCGGAGGAGAAAGAGGGUGAUUCCACGAAAGAUUCCUUGGACGACUUGUUUCCAAAUGAGGAAGAGGACCAGGGCCAAGGGUUGCCUCAUCCGCACAGUAGCGCAGCGGCAGCCGCCCAGCAAGGCGGCUACGAGAUCCCAGCACGCCUGCGCACACUCCACAACCUGGUGAUCCAGUACGCUUCCCAGGGACGCUAUGAAGUGGCUGUUCCCCUCUGCAAGCAGGCGCUGGAGGACUUGGAGAAGACUUCGGGCCACGACCACCCUGACGUGGCCACUAUGCUCAACAUCUUGGCCUUAGUAUACAGGGAUCAGAACAAAUACAAGGAGGCAGCUCACCUUCUGAACGAUGCACUGUCCAUCAGGGAGAAGACGCUUGGCAAGGACCACCCUGCAGUUGCAGCAACCCUGAAUAACUUGGCUGUUCUCUACGGCAAAAGGGGGAAAUACAAGGAGGCAGAACCAUUAUGCAAGCGAGCACUGGAAAUCCGGGAAAAGGUUCUAGGCAAAGAUCAUCCGGAUGUGGCCAAACAGUUAAAUAACUUGGCUUUGCUAUGCCAGAAUCAGGGAAAGUAUGAAGAGGUAGAAUAUUACUAUUGCCGGGCGCUGGAGAUCUACGAGUCGCGCCUGGGGCCUGACGACCCAAAUGUGGCCAAAACAAAGAACAAUUUGGCCUCCUGUUACCUGAAACAAGGCAAAUAUAAGGAAGCAGAGGUCCUCUACAAGGAGAUCCUCACCCGGGCCCAUGUGAAGGAAUUUGGCUCUGUGGAUGACGAGCACAAGCCAAUAUGGAUGCAUGCGGAAGAAAGAGAGGAGAUGAGCAAGAGCAAGCACAGAGAAAACAUUGCAUACGCAGAGUAUGGUGGCUGGUACAAGGCAUGUAAGGUCAGCAGCCCCACAGUGAACACCACCCUGCGAAACCUGGGCGCACUGUACAGGCGCCAGGGCAAGCUGGAGGCUGCGGAAACGCUGGAGGAGUGUGCAGUGCGAUCCCGGAGACAGGGCAUUGACCCCAUUAACCAGACCAAGGUGGUAGAGAUUCUGAAAGAGGGCGACGGCUCCGAGAGGCGGAGGAGCCGAGACAGCCUGGGGGGCAGCGUCAAGUAUGAGAGCGCCACAGAUGGUAGCGAGGAAGUGAGUAUGGGCGUGGAAUGGAAUGGGGCUUAAAUGCCUCCUGAGACUCCUUCCCCACCACCAUACACACAAACCCCACCCCACCCCUUCACCACAAUCGCCCGGAUGUUUGUGUGCCAUCCCUUCUGGCUUUCUUCCUCCAAGCCACCCCCUCCCAAACUUCUUCCACCGUUCCUGCUCUCCUUGGCAAGGACUCCACAGCGGUCCCCAACCCCAACCCGGCGGGCACCGAGGAGUGGAACGGCACCCGCAGAGGAACGUCCAGCUGGCUGCACCCUGGUUCUACCGCUACCAUGUCAACCGGCAAGAGAGAGCAGGAAGAAACUCCGUGAAUCCGCCAUUUUGCCCCACCCCUUCCCCUCCACCAGUGCAGGACUUUGGCAGAACUCCUUGUGACUUCCUCCGUUCUCUUUCCUGCAUCUUAACGGGGGCCCUCGACGAAGGUCUUCUGCAGUCUGAAGAGGUCCUUGCUGCCCGUCUCUUUGCCCUACUCCUCCACCUGGCUUCCUUCCACCAUCUCCCACCAUCCCUCUCCUUGCCUUCUAGCAUAACUCAGAUAUUUCUGCUUCCCAUUUUAGCUCUCCUCCCACCCCGCCUUGCCCUUCUCUCUGCCUCCUUCCCCCUCCCCUUUCCCUUGAAGCCAGAGCAGAUGGCGGGGGGCGGGCAGGGUAGACAUUGGGAUAUGUGUGUUUCUCACCCCUAGCUUCAGAUGGCAGGGAAAGUUAGGGAGAUGGGCGAAUUGUACUCUGUGCCAGGGAUGAGGAGUGUGUGGCCCUCCUGAUGUUGUUGGAAUCCCCAGCCUUCAUUGCCAGGAGUCAGGGAUGAUGGGAGUUGUAGUCCAAUAACCCCCAUCCUUGUUCCGUGCUCUGUUUUCCUUUCCUGUUCAUCUGGUCAUGUCUGGGAUGCCUAAAUGGCAUUUGCAUGCCCGCUGCCACCACAGGUAAAAGCCUUGCAGCCACCUUCUCAUAGGGACUGGGCCUGUCCAGAUGGAGAUGGAAGAAGCCUCAGGCUCGUGUCCAUUCUCCUUGCUGAUGGAUCCUCUUAGCCUAUUCUUGCAGGGUAAAGAAAGAGAACUGGGACACAUUGUAGGAAAAUAAAAACACUGACGGGCAUGCCAGGGCCAAAGCGUGAGAGGCAGAAGCGUGAGAUGAGGACCUUAUUUUAAAUGAGCUGGGCAUAGUCUGUCUCCUGCAUGGCAUGGAGACAUUGGAGGAGGGUAGGCUAGAGGGGCUGCAACAGUCAUGGAUAGCGUUUUCAUGGCCUGUCUAGUACUGGCCCCUCUGAUUAGACUUUUGGUCUGGACUUCCCUUGCCAGUCUAGCACUACAAGACACCUGCAUUUCAGAAGAAACAGCCUCUCUAGGACUCUGAACUCAGGAGCAUUUCCUCACACAGUUCCUUUUUUUCCGCAACAGGAGGGAUAAUCGCAGACAAGGGUGACUCAACUGCCUCUGCUUCGUUGCCGCUCCUCUUGUUGUGCGGCGGGGGUGGCAAAACGGGACUGCAUAUUUGCAUCUCUUUAAUUUAUUGUCAUGAAUGUAAAUGUUUUGACCUUGCUGUGGUUUAACUCUGGAGACCGCAAGGUCCCAGCCAAAUGUCACACACAAACACACACACACAAAAUCCACCCUGAAACCCACACCAAAUGGGUGUGUCAGUAGCAAUUGUAGCUGCUACUUAUUUUAGAAGCCUGGCUAGGCAAGUGGGAGAGAGGGUUGGA